AGAGGAGGGGAAGAAGUGAAUAUUAAAAACAUAAAUAAGAAAAAUAUAUAGGAUUAACGCAGUAUCAUCCGGCGAUUCACAAUGGAACGUGCCAUAAUGGAGUUGUAUCGGUUUAAUCUUGACGAUAUAUUUGAUUAGUGUGACGUUCGUAAUGCCUUUAAUAGGAUUAGAAGAGGACACAAUGAAUACCAUUAGAUAAUAUCGUCAUGUUGGGCAGUACUGGAUACGAUCAAUUGAUAGUCUGUGUUCGACAUUGUUCUUCGCAUAGCGCGCUGGGAAGCGUCUUAUACGCUGCUAGCAGACGACAUAUGCUUUGGAUAUCGUUGAUACAAAAACAUAUUUGACAAUCUUUUAAUAAUUAUUAUUAGUAAUUGGUUCCUACGAAAUGUCAUCGCCAACACAAGUGAUAAAAAGUGUUGGCCCAAAAUUAGUUCCAUUUUUUAAAAGUGUGUCUGUAUAUUUUGUACUAUUAGCAGAGCAGCCGUCUUUAUUAACAGCAUGCUUCAAAUGUUUGCCAAUAAUAAGUCUUAUCAUAUUUGUUUUGUUACAUGGAAUUAGUUUAUCCAAAGAGUAUACCUUUUCUAGACGUAUUUUAACAGGUUUAGUCUUCAGUUGUAUAGGAGAUGCUUUGCUAGUAUGGCCAAAUUGUUUCAUUGCAGGAAUGUGCAUGUUUGCUAUUGCUCAAAUCAUGUACAUCUAUGCAUUUGGUUUUAAACCGAUAAAUUUGGUACUUGGUGCUAUAAUGUACACAUUAUGUUCCCUAGUCAUAUGUCUUUUAAUGCCUGGUCUAAGUGGUAUUCUAGUCAUAGGUGUUCCGAUUUAUACAGUGUUAUUAACUACAAUGGCAUGGAGAGCCAUCUCACGAGUACAAUUUUUUGGGGAAUUAUGGACAUGGACAAAAUUAUGCAGCUGUGUUGGCAGUAUAUGCUUUCUAAUAUCUGAUACACUACUUGGUAUCCAUUAUUUUCGUAAUCCAUUACCGUACUCUCAGGUGUCUAUCAUGUUGACAUAUUACACAGCUCAAUUAGGAAUAGCUUUAAGUGCAGUAGAUUCAAAAAAUAAUUACAAUACUGUUGAUAGUACAAAGCCUGUUGGUAAAAUCAGAAAAUAAAACAAAGUUAUCUUUUAAAAUGACAUAGAAGAAUAGGUGGCAAUGAAUUUUAGAAGUAUAAAAAUAUUAAAUUGAUAGAUGUAGAGUAUAUCUUUAUAAUUAGAGAUAUUACUUUACUUUAUUAUAUGUGGUAAAGUUUUUUUCUCUAUUCUAUAAUACUAUUAAUCUAUCACUGCCAAUAAUAUAGGCAUGAAUUUAUCUUCAACAACUCACUCACUAUAUAUACAGUGUCACUUUAGAUAUAAUACUAUAUCACACAUAUAAUGAAAGAUGUAUUUGAGAAUAUCAGUAUAUUAGUAAAUGUAUUUGGAAAUACUUUUAUCCACUAAAUCGAUGUAACUAAUGCAUCUAUUGUUAUACUUGCAUGCACGUUUAUGCAUGUGUAAUCUAAAAAUCGUUGAUAUAAAACCGUUAGAUAUGUUCAUUGUUAUAAUAAUAGCAAAUAUUUCUCUUAAUGAAUAAUGUUACUCUUUAUGAGCUUAGUACGAACAAUUCUUAGUUUAAUAACAGUAAACAUUUUUUUAUCCUUUUAAAAAGUAUAUAAACUUUGCACAUACUUUCUCCUAGUAAAGUUGUAUAUAUUUUUAUGAAAACAAAAUGCUUAUUAUUCAGUUAUUGAUACUAUAAAGUCAUGUUCUUUCAUGACAAGAUCUCUAUAAUUAUGUAUAUUCGCAUACCAUUUCUUCGGACCAAUAUCAAUUGAUAUAGUACCAUAUAUUAGACAGUUGAUUAUACUUGCCUUACACUCUGUGUGUAAUCCCUUCAUAACAUAAUAAUGAAAAACACUACAUCACAACUCUAAAUGUUACAAUGAAUCUGUACAUUUUAAAAAGAAUUUUCUAAAAAGAAAUGUGUCAGAUAUUUUGUAUUCUAUAUGGCAACAAAAUCAUGUAAUGUUUGUUCUAUAGACAUAUGUAGAAACGAAAAUAGAACAGAUGAUGACAGAUUUUCUAUAUAUAAAAUAUUAGUUUAUUUAAAGGUGUGAACAGAAAAUUGAAAAAUUAAUCGUUCAAUGAUAAAAUUUAUUAUUAUUACGAUUUAGUAAAUGACUAAUUUGAAUAAUCUUUCAAUAUUCCUAAACGUAUGCUAUAUAUAAAUAUUAAAUUGUAUUUGAUGCAAAUAUUAUUUGAAGUAUGAAGAAUGAUUUUUAAUGAUUUAAUAUUUAUAUGUAUGUACAACUUAUGUACAUGUAUGUAUGUAUUUAUGUAAUAUUCCUAUAUGUAUUCUAGCUCGCAAUAAGUUACUGUGGUGUAAUAUAUUUGUUGAUAUAUCAGAGUAUGUAUAAUGUAAUGUAAUAGAUAAAAUGUAUUUUGAAUAGACAAGAUGGGCAAUAUAUUUUAGUGAUAAUAAAGCAGAAAUAUUACUAAGAUUUCAUACUGUACAAAUCUACGUUUUAAACAAAGUCGUUAAGAUUGUAAUAUACAUACAUAUAUAUAAUAUACAUAUACAUAUAUGUAUAUAUAUAUAUUUAUAUAUUAUAUAGUGAUAUAGCACUGCAGAUUACAAUAUAAUACAAUGUUCAUAUCAUCUAUCUUUAAGUUUACUCUUUCACCUCUAACUGCCGUAUAAUAGAGAGUUAGACAUAAUAUCCAAGAAGGUGUAAUAAAUAAGUCUUUGUGAAGAAUUCAUAGAAAUUCUUAGUGUUAAAAAUGAAUGUUAUUACGUACACAAUGUGUUAUACAAUAAAUAUGAUUUCAAAAA